AUGCAGCGGGUCAUUUCAGAUGGCAAGCAAGAUCUUGUGCUUCCUCAAAAAGAGGUGUCGGGCUUGGAGUUCGUUUGCUUGGAGAAGUGGAACCGGCAGCUCGUGAAGGUGCUGACAGGAAAGGCCCUGGACCUUAGGCCGGGGAAGGCUGCAGCAUCCGGCAGUCUCAGCUCGAAGGUUUGGGGGGAGAUCGUGGAGCAGCGACAGAAUGUCGCCAACCAAAAGCUCCAGGAAGCCCUCGAGGUUGAGGUCAAAGAUAAUACUGCCAAUGAAGAGAACAUCAACUGGUUCAAGAACGAGCUGGAUACAGAGGAAGCGAAGCCUCGGGUGACACGACGAUCCGGCAGCAAGAAGCGAGCCCGGGGUCACAGCAGCGACGAGGAGGCCGAGGGCGGCGAGGUUGAUGGGGAACAGAAGGACGAAGAUUAUUGA